ACAAACCUCGAAAUCGUUAGAGCAAUAUGGCGGCCAAUCUAGGGAAACUUUCGCCUGACUGUAGAAAAAUGCAAGCAAAGGCAAUGCUAUUUUAUUUUGUUAUGGCUAAAAAAGAAAUAAUUUCGGUAAUUAAUAGCUAUAGACCUUUUCAUGACUAAUUUAUUGCAUGAAAUAAUUCUUUUGACUAAAAAUUUAAAUCUGUAAAAAUUAUAUCGCUAAUUGAAGAAUAAAAAUUCUCAUUAAUUUUAUGUUAUACAUAGAAAAUGUAACAUCAUUUAAAACAAGAUGAAAAUGCUUUUUUACGAAGGCAUGUGUGUACUCAUGUAGUGAUGCGCAUGCGCAUUUAGUAACGUAGGUUAUCACGCCACCGGGAAAAUUUGCAUAGAAAUACCGUGGCGGUCCAUUUAAGUAACCGCGUGUUAGAGGUAUUGCAUCGAAUGCGUUAGUACAUGGUCUCUAAUCAAUAUGGGUAUGUAUUGUUUCACUCUCGUAGGCUGUCAGAUGAUUCUAGUCACUAUAUAUGAAUAAUUAUUCUACAAAGCCUCUCUUAAAGGGUGAUUUUGUAAACACCCUCCUAGAGAUCGGUGCACGUGUGAAAAAGUUUUAUGAUUGUUUCAAACAUAUCAUAACUUUCUUUUAUCUGAUUACUUUUGGGAAUAAUUUGCGGAAAAUUACGGAUCUUAAUUCAUCAAAAAACGGUGAUAAUUUUUCAAUAUUUCGAUUUAGAUCAAUUCGAUCUAAUUUUGUUUUUUGCGUCUUAAAAUUUUCAUUUAUCAAUAUUUAGACAAAUUUCGCUGAUUGUGGCGUAUUCUCAUCAUUUUUCCUAUGUAAUUACGUCUGAAAUGUUUUAGCACGUUUUUAACCCAAAACGAAUAUAUCUUAGGCCUAUUUAUCUAUAAGUGUCAGGUCAGAGUUUGAUCAGCUGAUUACCAUCGCGUGUCCAUUAUAAAUUAAAGGGAUAACUUAUUUUAUUAAAUUGUUUUAUAAGAAAAACAUUUUAAGAUUUUCAUUCAAAAGCAGACAGUGAAAUGGCUAAGAAUAUGAAUGGUAAAAGAAAAGACGUAAAAUUCGUUAUUGCCGACGACUCUUCACCGGAAGCCGAAGACCAAAUGCCUAAAUCACCUUCAAACAUUAAAAAGGAUGUUUCGAAAAUUUACGCCAGGUCAAUGUCUGGUCCACAGUUUAAUUUUUCCACCAUCGCAAAAGCGAAAAAGGAAGCUAUCGUCGCUACGCCCGAGGAAUAUGUCAAACGAUUCGGUGGUACUAGGGUUAUAUCAAAAAUCCUAAUUGCUAAUAACGGUAUUGCUGCCGUUAAGUGUAUUAGAUCGAUCAGACGAUGGUCCUACGAGAUAUUUCGCAAUGAACGGGCCGUUAAAUUUGUGGUUAUGGUAACACCUGAAGAUUUAAAGGCAAAUGCUGAAUAUAUUCGUUUAGCCGAUCAAUAUAUCCCCGUUCCUGGCGGUACUAAUAACAAUAACUACGCAAAUGUUGAUCUUAUCCUUGAUAUCGCUAAGAGGACAAAAGUUCAAGGCGUUUGGGCAGGUUGGGGUCAUGCUUCCGAGUUUCCAAGACUACCUGAAUCUUUACAUCGUAACAAUAUUAUAUUUAUCGGUCCACCUGAACAUGCUAUGUGGGCUCUAGGUGAUAAGAUAGCGAGCUCUAUUGUCGCUCAAAGCUGCGGUGUUCCAACUCUGCCGUGGAACGGUAGUCAUUUAAAAAUAGAAUAUGACCUUGAUCAGAUAGCCAAAGGUGAAGUUGUCACGGUCCCUCAAGACAUCUACACUCAAGGUUGCGUAGCUAACGUAUCGGAAGGCCUAAAAUCUGCCAAGGAAAUAGGCUUCCCUGUAAUGAUAAAAGCCUCCGAAGGAGGUGGCGGCAAAGGAAUUAGAAAAGUUAAUCAUGAAGAUGAUUUCCCUAAUGCUUUCCGACAAGUUCAAACCGAAGUACCUGGAUCCCCUAUAUUCAUUAUGCAACUGGCAAAGGGUUCACGACAUUUGGAAGUUCAAGUUUUGGCCGAUAAAUACGGAAACGCCGUAUCCUUGUUCGGAAGAGAUUGCUCUAUCCAAAGAAGACAUCAGAAAAUUAUUGAGGAAGCCCCCAUAACGAUAGCACCCGAACAUAUUAGAACAAAAAUGGAGAAAGCUGCCGUUACGCUGGCCAAAUUGGUAGGCUAUCAGUCGGCAGGAACUGUUGAAUAUUUGUAUAAUCCUACAGAUGAAUCUUUUCACUUUUUGGAAUUGAAUCCAAGACUUCAAGUAGAACAUCCUUGUACUGAGAUGGUAUGUGAUGUUAACUUACCAUCUGCUAUGCUGGAAGUUGGUAUGGGUAUACCAUUGUGGAGAAUUAAGACUAUUAGAACUAUGUACGGAGAAGAUCCCAUGGGAGAUAGUAAAAUCGACUUUGAGAAUCCAGCAUAUGAACCAAAGCCUAGAGGCCACGUUAUCGCUUCUAGAAUUACGUCCGAGAAUCCGGACGAAGGAUUUAAACCUAGUUCAGGAACAGUACAGGAAUUGAAUUUUAGAAGUUCGAAAAAUGUUUGGGGCUAUUUUAGCGUAUCCGCAGCUGGUGGCCUUCACGAAUUUGCCGAUUCUCAAUUCGGACAUUGUUUCUCGUGGGGAGAAGACAGAAAUUGCGCUAGAGAGAAUAUGGUUAUUGCCCUAAAAGAACUAUCGAUUAGAGGUGAUUUCAGAACAACUGUAGAAUAUUUGAUUACCCUCUUUGAAACGGAAUGUUUCCAAAGAAAUUCUAUUGAUACUGCAUGGCUUGACAAGUUGAUUGCCGAGAAAAUUCAAUCUGAAAAACCCGACCCACUUUUGGGUGUACUUUGCGGUGGAUUACACGUUGCAGAGCAAACGAUACUUGAGAAUUUGCAAAAUUUUCAAUCAACACUUGAACGAGGCCAGAUUCUACCUGCAAAUUCUUUGAAAAAUUCGUGCGAAGUUGAAUUAAUACACGAAGGCAUAAAGUAUAGAGCAGUCGUAUCAAAAUUAGGUCCAACAAGCUUUCUUAUCCGCAUGAAUGAUUCGUUUAUUGAGGUUGACGCUCAUCGUCUAUCCGACGGUGGAUUGUUAAUAUCUUUAGAUGGUGACUCUCACACAACAUAUAUGAAAGAGGAAGUUGGUGGUUAUAGGGUUGUUAUCGGAAAUAAAACCUGUAAUCUAGAGAAAGAAAACGAUCCGGCUGCUCUACGCGCUCCAUCCACUGGAAAAUUAAUUAAUUUCUUGGUUGAGGACGGCGCUCAUAUAGCGGCUGGUUCGGUUUAUGCCGAAAUAGAGGUCAUGAAGAUGAUUAUGGAAUUAAGAGUUAACGAGAGCGGAGUAAUUAAUCAUAUUAAAAGAUCUGGAGCAAUUCUUGAAGCUGGCGACCUCGUUGCUCGCUUGGAACUCGACGAUCCUUCAAGAGUUCAAAAGGCUAUCCCUUACCAGGGUAAAUUGCCCGAAACAACUCAUAAUGGUAAUGCUCAUGGAGAUAAACUUCAUCAAAUCUUUCAGAGAUGUAAGCAAACGUUGAUUAACAUAUUGGAUGGGUAUUGCGAAGGAGAAGAACAUUUCAAGAAUCGAGUAAGAACAACAGUCGAAACUUUAAUGAAAUGCUUGAAUGAUCCGGCGCUACCACUCCUGGAACUUCAAGAAUUAGUUUCAGCAGUUUCUGGUCGUAUUCCACCGGAAGUUGAAAGGGAAAUAAAACAAUCAAUGGCUUCAUACGCCUCGAAUAUAACGUCGAUCCUAUGUCAAUUUCCUAGUCAUUCAAUCUCGAAAUAUAUCGAUUCUUAUGCCGCUUCUAUUCAAAGAAAAACCGAAAGAGACGUAUAUUUUAUGACAGUUCAGGGAAUUGUUCAACUGACCCAAAGAUACUUGCACGGAACUCGUGGUCAUAUGAGGAACGUUGUUGCCGAAUUAAUUAAGAAAUAUGUAGAUGUUGAAAAGCAAUUUCAACAUUUUCAUUAUGAUAAGUGCGUUGCUCACAUAAGAGAUACGCACAAAAAGGAUAUGGCAGCCGUUUCAAGUGUUAUUUUGUCGCAUGCUCACGUUGCCGAAAAGAAUACGCUUAUUAUUACAUUGUUAGAUCAGCUAUUCGGCGGUGAGCGUGAUUUUGGAUUAACCGAGGAUAUGCAAAAACUUCUUACCGAAUUAACAAUGCUUAACAAGGUGGAAAAUAGCAAAGUAGCCCUAAAAGCUCGUCAAAUUUUGAUAGCAGCUCACCAACCAGCUUACGAAUUAAGACAUAACCAAGUAGAGAAUAUCUUCCUAAAAGCAAUCGAUACCUACGGACACGACAUCAGCCCUGAUAACUUGAAGCAAUUAAUCAAAACCGAAACGCUUAUAUUCGACGUUCUUCACGAUUUCUUCUUCUAUUCGAAUUUGGCCGUUCGUCGAGCGGCAUUCGAGGUCUAUGUACGAAGAGCUUACAUCGCUUACGAUUUGAAUUGUAUUCAACACGAUCUGUUGAAAGGAGAUCUAUGCAUUGUUGAAUUUCAAUUUCUACUUCCGAGCUCCCAUCCUAAUCGUUUCCAUCAGAGAAAAACUAGCUAUAUGCUACCUAGAGUAUCGAGUUUAGGCGAUGAAAUGGCUGCCGUUGCCAAUUAUUUACCAUGUCAGAGAACUGGAGUUAUGGCUGCUUUUAGAUGUUUCGACGAAUUUGUGAGAUAUUUCGAUGAUCUUUUAAAAAGAUUUGUGAAAACUAAUAAUUGUACAACAAUGAAUGGCGACGAUGCAUCACACCAAUACGAUAGUAGACGAAGUAGUUCUAGUUCUUUAGGAAGUGUCCUCGGUGAUGAUGAACCGAUUCACAUACUGAAUAUUGCUAUAUCUUGUAAACAUGACGAAGAAGAUAGAGAGUUAGCGGACAGAUUUGAACAAUUCUGUGUUCAACACAGGCCUGUUCUAAAUGAACGUGGUAUAAGGAGAGCAACAUUUAUUCUGCUUAAGAAUAGAGAAUUUCCAAAGUAUUUCACCUUCCGCUCUAGGGAAGGAUUCACUGAGGAUAGAAUUUAUAGACAUCUUGAACCUGCUCUUGCAUUCCAGCUGGAAAUUAAUCGAAUGAGAAAUUUUAAUUUAGAAGCUAUUCCAGUAGCAAAUCAUAGAAUACAUUUGUACUUGGGAAGAGCAAAACAAGUAGCCAAAGGCCAAGAAGUUACUGAUUAUCGUUUUUUCGUUCGCGUAAUUAUCCGCCAUUCUGAUCUCGUAUCGAGAGAAGCUUCGUUCGAAUAUUUAAGAAGUGAAGGUGAACGCAUGUUAUUGGAGGCUAUGGACGCCUUAGAGGUAGCCUUCGAGCAUCCUCUUUCCAAGAGAACCGAUUGCAAUCACGUCUUUUUGAAUUUCGUUCCAACUAUGGUUAUGGCAGAUCCGAUCAAAAUUGAAGAUACCGUUAGAAAUAUGGUUAUGUGUUACGGACACCGUAUUUGGAAAUUGCGAGUACUACAAGCAGAAGUUAAAAUGAACGUUAAGAAGACGCAAGAGAGUGAACCAAUGCCUAUUAGGGUGUUUGUUAAUAACGAUAGUGGAUACUAUUUGGAUAUUACUACCUACAAAGAAAUCAACGAUGGUAAAGGUGGACAAGUUCACUUUGAGAGUCUGGGAAAGAAGAAAGGACCUCUUCACGGUCUAAUAUUGUCUACACCAUAUAUGACAAAGGAUCAAUUACAAUUGAAACGUUUCCAAGCACAAAGUGCCGGUACAACGUACGCCUACGAUCUGCCAGAAUUGUUUAAGCAAGCACUAGUAAAACUCUGGAAGAAAUACUACGCAAGUAAAGGUGAAGCUGAAGAAAACUUUCAAAAUACCGAAUUAGAUUGUUUCUCUUUUGUUGAAUUGGUAAUUGGUCAAGACGGAAAACUAAAAGAAUUUAAUAGAUUACAAGGCGAGAAUGAUUGCGGAAUGGUUGCUUGGAAAUUCACCUUGAAAACUCCAGAAUUUCCAAACGGUAGAAGUGCCAUUGUUAUAGCUAAUGAUAUAACAUUCCAAAUUGGUUCUUUUGGACCAAAAGAAGACGAUCUGUUUUUGAAGGCAAGCGAAUUGGCUAGAGCCGAAGGAAUCCCUCGCAUAUACGUGUCUGCUAACAGUGGAGCCAGAAUUGGCUUGGCUAAAGAGAUAAUGCAUCACUUCCGAGUGGCUUGGAAAGAUGAUAAGGAUGUCGAGAAGGGAUUUAAUUAUUUGUAUUUGACUCCCGACGAUUAUAAAAAGGUCAUGUCGAGUGUUCACGUUGAGCAUGUCGUGGAGAAGGGUGAAUCCCGCUAUAAGCUUCUCGAUAUUAUCGGCGCUGAAGAUGGUUUAGGCGUUGAAAAUUUACGUGGCUCCGGUACUAUUGCUGGGGAAACUUCCCAAGCUUACAAUGAAAUUCCAACUAUUUCCUUGGUUACUUGCCGUGCUGUUGGUAUUGGUGCUUAUUUGGUUCGUCUUGGUCAGAGAGUGGUUCAAACUGAAAAUGCCCAUAUUAUUCUUACUGGAGCGGGCGCUCUCAAUAAGGUUUUGGGAAGAGAAGUGUAUACAAGUAACAACCAACUUGGUGGUAUCCAAAUUAUGCACAACAACGGCGUCACUCAUACCGUUGUUAAAGACGAUUUCGAGGGAGUUGAAGCAAUUUUAAGAUGGCUAGCAUACGUUCCUCGCUGCAGAGAUGGGCCUUUGCCCAUAUUGACGUCUCAGGAUCCAAUUGAGAGAGAAAUAGAAUUCAAACCGCCUAAAACCCCACACGAUCCACGAUUAAUGUUGGACGGAAAGUAUUGCGAGAAUGGUCGAUGGAUUAGCGGCUUUUUUGAUAAGAACUCUUGGGAAGAGAUGAUGGCCCCAUGGGCCCAAACAGUGAUUACGGGCAGAGCCAGACUUGGUGGAAUACCUGUCGGUGUGAUUUGCGUUGAGACUAGAUCAGUUGAGGCUAAGGUACCGGCUGAUCCAGCCAACUUGGAUUCAGAAACUCUAGUAAUUCCCCAAGCAGGACAAGUAUGGUUUCCCGAUAGCGCCUAUAAAACAGCGCAGGCCAUUAAGGAUUUGAACCGCGAACAGUUGCCUCUAUUUAUCUUCGCCAACUGGAGAGGUUUCAGCGGCGGUAUGAAGGAUAUGUACGAUCAAGUCUUGAAAUUCGGAAGUUAUAUUGUUGACGGACUAAGAGAAUACAAACAACCGAUAAUCGUUUAUCUACCACCCGGAGCAGAACUAAGAGGAGGCGCUUGGGUGGUUGUCGAUCCGACAAUUAACGAAAGACAUAUGGAAAUGUACGCCGACAAAGAGAGCAGAGGCGGUGUUCUCGAGCCGGCUGGAACUGUGGAAAUUAAAUUUAAACUUCGAGAACAGAUAAAAGCCAUGACGAGACUCGACGAAACAUAUCGCAAGUUGAAAAAGAGCUUGAACGAACCUAAUCUAACUCCUGCCGAUAAGAUCGCUUUAGAAAAGAAAUUACGUGAAAGGGAGUCUCUCAUUGCACCUGUCUAUCAUCAAAUUGCCAUCGCCUUUGCUGAUCUACACGAUACUGCCGGUCGUAUGCAAGAAAAGGGCGUGAUUAACGACGUUCUUACAUGGAAAACAUCCAGAAAAUAUUUAUACUGGCGUCUUAGACGUCUAUUGUUGGAAGAAACCUACAUUAAAAAAGUUCAAGAGCUCAAUCCAACACUCAAUGACGCCCAAAUCAGAAUGAUGCUUUCAAGAUGGUUUACAGAGCACAAGGGAGCAGUUAACGCCUAUCUAUGGGAGGAUGAUAACAUGACCGUUACCGAGUGGUUGCAAACUCAAUUAGAUAACGGAUUACAUAAUUCAGGAAUUGCCGAAAAUCUCGCAGCAAUCCGUAGAGAUUACGCAUUAGAACAAAUUAAGAAAGUCCUGAAAGAAAACGAAGAUAUAGCGAUGGAUUCAGUUGCAUACGCAAUUUCAAUCCUAAACGCUGGUGAGAAGAGCGAAGUUGUCAAAAUGUUGAGCGAAAAUACGCCUAUGCAAAACUCAUGA